GAAUACAUUGCGCGUGAUGUGAAAGAAACGUCAAACUUUUAUCAACAAAACAAUCCACUAGUUUAUCCGGUGCUGAAAUUUCGCUAUUUCUUCGCAAUUAUCGUUGUAUCGAGGCCUUUUUCACUAAUUUCACACUUUUUAAAGGAUAACGCGUUAGCACCAUAACCUCCACAAUCAACGUUCAAUAACAAGCGGCGGUAAAUUUACAAAAUACAAUGUCCGGAAUACUGUUCGAGGAUAUCUUUAACGUCAAAGAUAUGGACCCGGAAGGAAAGAAGUUCGAUCGUGUGAGUAGGUUACACUGUGAGUCCGAAUCGUUCAAAAUGGACCUGAUAUUGGAUAUCAACUCUUGGCUCUACCCGAUGGAGCUGGGCGAUAAGUUUCGGUUGGUUUUGGCUACCACAUUGCACGAGGAUGGAACGCCAGCAAGCAUGGAAUACAACGCCGCCGAAAUUGAGGGUUCGCGGGCAGACAGCUUCGAAUACGUGAUGUUCGGGAAAGUGUACCGGAUCGAGGGUGACGACGCGCAGUCCGAAUCGGCCAAUCGAUUGUCCGCCUACGUUUCCUUCGGGGGACUACUGAUGCGGCUUCAGGGCGACGCAAACAAUCUGCACGGGUUUGAGAUAGAUCAGAACAUGUAUUUGCUGAUGAAAAAACUAGCCUUUUAAGGUCGCGUCUUAUGGUAGAGUAAGGAUACUAUGGUUUAACACAAAAUAAAAACAGUAAGUAAGCAGAGUA